GGAAGUGCGUGAGAGUGGUUGAUAAACAGGAACGAACCCGCGAGCAUUAUCGAUUAUCAGCUUUGCAUUCGGGCGAAUCACAUUCCGUGCACCCUGCUUCCCUCAGACCAGAUGGAACAGCCGCAGAUUGCAGAGGACAUGCGAAUGACGUGCUCACAGGGUCGUCUGCUGGAGCUGGGCGAGCAGACCCGCCUGGGCGUGAUGGCCGGGCGCGACACCCCCCUCAAGGCCGAGGUUGACGACUACGAAAUGGUCAGCCUCGAGAACGGACGCGAGAGUCCCUCGUCCCUCAAGAACAGUCCUGACGAAGGCCGCCACGACCACGCGGGCGUCGGCGCUGACAGUGGUCGUGACAGCCCCCUCAAGCCUGACAGCGACGGCAUGGUCCUCGAGGGCGAGGACGUGCUGGCGAAGCUUCGAGAACAGGUGUCUUCGGCUAAGCUCCUGACGCAGGGCAUCAGUAAUAAUAACCAUAUCAACAGCUUGUACGACCGCCUUCAUACCCUCCUCCAGGGGAAGAUGGCCAAGGGGGAGGACGGCGAGGGGGGCGAGGACUCGCGCGACCUGGUGCUCCGGGCGGAGGCGCUGCAGAGGCAGAGGGAGUCGCUGCUGUCGUCGCCACAGGCGCUCAUGAACGCCAUGAGGGGCGGCGGGCCGCCCUCGCUGGUGCCACCCGGGCCGCACCUGCCGUUCAUCCCCAGCACGGUCGGCCUCCCGCCCACCUCACAGAUGCCGCCCACGCCUGGGUCGGCUGGGUCACGCGACUCCUCCGGCAACGGCACACGCACGCCCUCGCACACGCCCGAGCCGCACCAGAGUCAGCAGUCCUGGAGCUUCGAGGAGCAGUUCAAACAGGUACGAGAACCCACGAAGCACUCGUCCUUUGAAGAGGAAAAACGCAAGCUCUACGAGCUCAGCGACGACCCCAAACGGAAGGAAUUUCUCGAUGAACUUUUCUCGCUCAUGCAGAAGCGCGGUGAGUACAGCUGUUUCCAGCUCUACGAGCUCAGCGACGACCCCAAACGGAAGGAAUUUCUCGAUGAACUUUUCUCGCUCAUGCAGAAGCGCGGGACGCCCAUCAACCGGCUGCCCAUCAUGGCCAAGCAGGUCCUGGACCUGUACGAGCUGUACAACCUGGUGGUGGCGCGCGGCGGCCUCGUCGACGUCAUCAACAAGAAGCUGUGGCAGGAGAUCAUCAAGGGCCUCAAGCUGCCCUCGUCCAUCACCAGCGCCGCCUUCACGCUCAGGACGCAGUACGUGAAAUACCUGUACCCGUACGAGUGUGAGAAGGAGCACCUGUCCACGCCGGCCGACCUGCAAUCUGCCGUCGACGGCAACAAGCGGGAGGGACGCCGCCCCCCCUACGGCACCUACUGCGAGGGGCUGAGUCCUCCUCUGCUUCCCCUGCAGAACCUACAGUCUCUCCAGAACCUACACAACCUCCAGAACCACAUGAAUCUCUCGACGCACCGCCACUUCAACGGCAACGGGGCCCUGCAUCCCUCGCCGCUCGCGCAGGAUUACCUGAUGGGUCGCGGAGGUUCCCCCCCGGGGUCGCAGGAGGCGCUGCUGGAGGCGACGCGACUCACCAUGUGGAAGCUGUACAACCAGGGCCUCGGCGGAGGCUUCCAGCACGAGGAGGACGGGCCCAAGCUGCCCCCGCCCCCCCACCCCCUGGCGGGCAUCCCCUUCCCGCCGCAGAAGGAGGCGCUCAACCUCGACGUCAAGGAGGACGAAUGCCACGAGGGGCGCGUCUACCCCGGCCUGUGCCCCCAGCGACCACCGCGUCAGGAGAAGCCCACUGAGCUGCGACCUCCCAUGGGCGUGGGCGUGGGCGGGAUGCUGACCCCAACGGCCAAGAGACCCAUGCACCACGAGGAAUCCCUGGAGCCCCGCCCACCGAUGGCCGCUAGCCCCACCCACCAGCCGCUCACGCCCAGCCUCCCGAGCAUCAAGAUCUCCUCCAGGGGCAACGGCAGGAGUCAAGACCAGAGCAUCGUGGUGAGCAUGGAAAUCAACGGCAUUCUGUACCAGGGUGUCCUCUUCCCCCAAGCUCCUAGGACGCGACUCAGCUAAUCCCCUUUCACCUAAUCAGCGCAGGAUUGGGUUGGAUUGUUCGCCAGGAGCCUCGGGAGAAUCCUGAAGGCCCGAGGAGUAAACAGAAGCCCAGAGGAGUUCCCAGGAUGUCGAAGGCCCCUCGCUAUGCCCCGCCCCCGUCUGCCAUUCCUCACUUGUACUCUGAUGCGCGUUCGACAUGCGGUUGUGCGUCGAUUCCCACGUCGACUUUCCCCUAAGUGGUGGUCGACUGAUGUUUUCUAGUGUUAGACGAUGUGUUAGAAGAGAGAUGUUAGUCUUACCAUGGAAUACAAAACUAAAGGAAUAGCUAUUCUGAAUGUAAUCCGCGUAGGGGACAAAAAAAAAAAAUUGCCGUUUAUGUUUUUUUGCAAAGCCAUGUAUUUUUUUUCUGGUCUUGGUUCAAUUCGUUCAAUUGAUACUUUAGAAUAUGAGAUUUUUCAGCUUAUUUUAAUUGUUUUGUGCCAAAUUCAACAGACAUUCUCAAAGCACUGAUUGGGUAUCUAUAAAAAUUCCACUAUGAAACCUCCCCCUGCUAAUAGAGAAAUUAAAACCGGGUGACCCAAGUUCGAAACCCCGAACCCCGAACCCUGAACCUUGUGAACCCUGCCUCUACGUUAAGGGCAGAAGAAAACGUGUAUAUAGUGUAUUAUAGUCUUAUCAGCCGGUGGGGUCAGCUUCUUCUUAGACCCCCCCCUACACCCCUUCUUCCCCCUCCCCCCUUCCCCCUCGAGAAAAUGUAAGUUGAAGAUAUGAUAGCGUGUCAGGUGCGUUGCAAAUGAUAUUCGCUUAUUAACAAUUGCCCCGUUCAGUGGUAUCCAAACCUUUUCUAUAGACUCCCCGAUUGUGUAGAUAGUUGCGUAGUUCGUCAUUAAUUUGUUUUACAACUGUGAGUCGGUAAGAAGGUGUUUCACAGUUUCUUUUUAUAUACACUAAGUUGAUCUCAUGUUCGUGUAAUUUAUA